AGUUGUCAGGAAAAAGAAACAAUAGAGAUUUUAGGCCAGACGUGAGAAUGCGACCCACGGGUGACGAAUGAUGCAGCCGCGCGAGCGAAGCAUCCGCAGGUGACUCACCUGCGCGAACCGGUCGCAUGCACGCGCUUACACGAGUCAUGCAGAUAAAGUGCCCGCGUCCAAAGAAGUGUGUAAAGAAGCAGCAUCCGGAUCAGCUAUGGAAAAGUAGUUGAAAUAAAUGCACCUGAUCCGUGCAUGUCAUGGGGAACUGCUGGGCGCAAUGUUUGGGACUCUUUAGAAGGGAAGCAAACAGAAUCCAAAGAGGAGGAGGGUCAAAGUACUUCAGAAGUAGCACAGCUGGGGAACACUAUACCAUAGAGUUUGAGAACCUCGUGGAGAGUGAUGAGGGUGAGAGCUCGCAAAGCUGUCCCAGACCUAUCAGCGAGGAGGAGAUUGGCCAAUUGAAGGAGCAUUGCUACGGUGCUAUCUCAGACAAACAGGUGCUGAUCGACGAAAAGCUGAAUGCCGAGUUAGUGGCAGAAGAGGAGAAGUUAAGGCUAGAAGAGGAGGCAAUAUUUGCAGCCCAGCGUGAGGCAGCGCGGCUCGUUAAGGAGCGAAAGCUAAAGGAGGGGAAGCCAAAAAGGACCAAACCCAGAGCAGAACCAGAGAGCAAUGACCCUCGUCACAAACCUAAACCUCCAGAUGGAGAGUUCGAGGUGUACCUGCAGACUGUGAAAGCUCAGUCUGAAGCGUUUCGCAGUAACAGACUGAGCUCUGAGGCAAACAUUGUGACCCCGAACACAGAGGGCAGCUGGGACUUCACCAGUAAAACUGAUGCCACCUCACUGGACCUAGAGUGGGAGGAUGAGGAGGGAAUGAAUCGGAUGGGUCCUGCAUGGGAGCGUUCCAAAACAGAAGAGGACAUUUUAUGGGCAGCGAUUCGUCCCGGCGGGAAUCAGUUGGGCAGCGGCCCCACCUCCACCUCUGAGGACUCCAACGCUCUGGAGUGGGAGAACGACUUCAUCAAUGCACAUCCCGAGGACAGUGGUGACCACGGCGAUGAGGACUUUGAGGGAUUUGUUAAUCCAUUACUGGACACACCCACUGAGGCGGCGGAGAUUAAGCCUACCUCUGACCAACAAGAAAGAUAGUCCUCAUGAGACCACCGUGAUGCAUUAUAUAAAUUCAGUGUAAUAUCACUGCUGAGCGGACAGGCCAAAAUGACAAUACGGAUGUCUACAAUUUAACUCCUAAUUCUCAAAGCACGAACAUGAUGAUUGUCUCAGAAAAAAUCCAAGAAACUACUCACUUAAAGAAAAGUUUUAUAUGAUUUGUAUUUGUUCUUUGGGUGAAUCUCUCAAAAAUCUCUCGAAAACAUUCCAUCUAAAUAUAUAUAUGUAUAUAUACAGUACAGAUUAUCUUUUACAUUGUGAAUGUAAAAAUGCACAUGAUUGUAAUGCGUUUGGACUUUUACAUUUUAUUUGGGUAAUAUCCCAUUAUUAUCAAUGGUGAUUCUCAUUAGAUUCUUAUUACUGUUUUUUCAUACAGUACAAUACAGUAUUUUAAAGCUACACUAUGUAACGUUUUGCCCUCUUGCGGUUGAAGAAUAAAACUGCAAGUUACUUGCGGAGGAACACUUUACGUCAGUUGUGAUUCGGCACUGCUCUUGCGGCGGAUGAAUCUCAUGGUUUGAGGACUAUUUUCAUGUUGAUAUUAUGUUAUUUGCUUAAACAUUUAGAACCGAUAUUACUUACUUUGAGGACGAUAAACAACACUCUUAAUUAUAUUUUAAUAUGAUUAUUAAAGUGUAUUAUCCACUACACAAUACACAUUAAUGUUUGUAUUUUACUACACAUAUCAGUUUAAGAGGUGAAACUUGUGAAAUGGCUGAUAUGAGUUCAGUUGAAUACAUUACAUUUUUAUAUUACAAUCUACAGCCUCAGUGGAGAAUGCGAGUGAACCCUAAUACAAUAGUAGGUCUAUGCACUGCAAACAAUAACAAUAUAAAAGUUCAUUACUCUGCUAUGAAACUGGUACAUUAUAAACAACUUGAGAUGAGCAUACAUUCAUGGGGAUCUGUUUAAAGAAACCAAAAAAUGGCUCCAAAAAUACUUUAUUGGCUUACACUUGCUUGCAACGUUUAGACCAUUAGGUCUUCGUCAGGCAAAAAAUAAAUAACAAUAAUAAAUAUUUCAACUUGUGCAUUUCUGUGACUGAGGGAAAAAAGAAACAGCGGUGCAAACGUACUUAGAGACACACUUUGGGAAUCUCGAAACUGCAGCAAUAUUAUAAAAUAUUCAGAAGUCAUGAAAAUUAGUAAAUGUAAUGGAAACUUCACUUAUACUUAUGAACGCAUCGUGAUUAGUACACAUUCGAGUCAUUAAAGCAUAACAGCAGAAAACAUUCCCAUGCAUUACAGCAGGUAAACAACUUCACCAAACAGUUAAAAAUCCAUGAGGAGAGUGAUUUCACAGCGCCGCUGAACAGCUGUUGCGAUCGCUUCUCCAACACUCGAGUGAGUUGCGCCACAACCGAAUUCUUUCUGAGCUCAUGGACAUGAUGUAAACACGCAAGGACGAAUGACAUAUUCCUGUGAUUUCAUGCCAAAUCCGUCCCGACAGCUCUAAAUAAAAAUCUCUAUUGUAGACUUACCGUAGUGAAUCGGGGUAAGGCAAAAACAUGAUUUGGAAGACGGGUUGUUGGUUUACUCGAUCAUUAAUACAAUUUUGUUCAUUUCUAACAAAAAAAUCUUACAUAAUACUGAAAUGAAACUGACUUUAUUUAAAUCAGCAAACAUUAAAGGCAGUGAAACAAAUACUAUAAUUUUGUAUAAAAAUCCUUUACAACUUAAAUAAUACAUCGUUUUCCCACAUUACUGCAAAUUUUUUUAUUUUUUAUUUUGUAUUUAUUUAUUCUUUGCAUUACAAUUAAGAGAAUGGGAGGGGGGCUAAAUUGCAUCAUUUUACAAUAAAGCACAAUUAUUUUAUAGUGAUUUAUUUUUAUUUUUUUUCCUAAGGUGAAAUACAGAGCCCCUUAGAGGGCAGGAAGGGAAUUUAUUUUCUGAAAUAGUUAUGCGUUCCCUAGUUAUAUACUAUAUACACUGUAUAUACAGUAUAAAAUUACUUUUAUGGUGGAAACUAUUGUACAAAUUAACCAUGUUGUUACUAUUGUAAAACUGUACUAACCACAUUUUUGGUGGAAUUAUUGAUUAAUACCAUAUUUUUUAUUUUCCUGUUUUACUAUGGUUUUACCAUGAAUAUCAUAUGGUUAAAGUUGUAAAUAAUGUUUAUUUUUGUUAGGGAUGGAUAAAGCUAUUGCAAGGGAAUGCAAAACUGUUUCAGAAAAAAAAAAAAAAAAAUCCCUCCCUGUCCUAUCAAGGUGUUCCGUAGAAAUAUGUUCCAGAUGGGUUUCGUGAGAUUCACCCCAUUAGUAUUUUGCAGUCACAAAUGUAUGUAUAUUCCUAUUUAUUUUAGCUGAUUUAAUUGUAUGUGUUUGCCUUGGGUUCUUGGUUCUGAGUUUUAUUCUAAAAACUAGACACUUAAGUCGUCCUGCAUUAAUAUUUCAUGAGAUAUCAGCUUUUAAAUUCAACCUUAUUUCAGAAACUGAAUCAAGUGCAAUUUUAGAAGAGUUUCCUAAAAGCAUCUUAAGAUCACUCAUAUGAGCUCAUAUAACCAUUGGAGCCUUUCAUUCAGCCUAAUCAUAUAAAGUUUGAAACCGUCAUGGAGUCUGGCCCUGGUCUGAUGCAUAGGAGACAUUGCACUAUUUGUUUUAAGGGAAAGACUUGUUGCCUGAAGGGAAUAGCUAAACUUGAGAAGUUCCAACAAGUGCUGUUAAUAUUUAAAAUGAUCACCAUUUAUCUGCCUGCUAAAUAGUGAUAGUUCUUGAAAACAGCCAGUGAGUGUUCUCUACACUUGCAAAUGCAUUCAUUGGACAAAAUGAGCUGGAAAGAGGGAACAUACUUUAAUGGAACACAAAUCUAGAUUUGCUACCUCUGGUUUUAAUAAUCAUGAUGCUACUGAAUUAAUCCAUUAACUGCUGUUUUAAUGUGUCUAUGAAAUUCUCAGUGAAUUGAUGGAGACUGGAAAUCUUCUUAAUAAUGAAUGUUAAGACUGAUCAUUUUUCAACUGCAAUACAAACCGUUUUAUAGGAAAUCUGGAUGAUCGUAAAAUUGACAUAUCUGCAGAACAAUAUAUUUCUCCAGAUGCUUCUCUUCACAGAUGGUCUGGUAUUUCCUUUAAAGGAAUGUUCCAGGUUUAUUGCAAGUUAAGCUCUAUCGUCAGCAUUUGUGACAUAAUGUUGAUUACCACGUCUUUGUAAAAAAAAUAAAAAUAAUUGUGGUUACCAUAAGGCACUUACAAUGUUGGUGAAUGGGACCACUCCAUGAUUGCUAAAAUACCAAUGUUACGUCAUCAUGAAAGCAAAGUUGUAAUAUUUGAUAUAGCUUUUAACCAAAUAAAGUUAGUAAGUGAUUUUUUUUUUUUCAUAUCUUGUGGCUAUACUUUUGAAACAGUGUGUUUAUUAGUGUUUAUUGACUGGCCUCAUUAACUUUCAUUAUAAAUGCAUCUCCGUUACUGAGAUUUUUGUUUAAAAAAAAAAAAAAAAAAAAAAGAAGAAGAA